AUGGUGGAAUCUGAAGAGGAGAAACGAAUCACUGAAGAGCAAGAGCCACAUACGACAACACAACACAAGCGAGGAACGACAUACAAGUUCCCCAGUACUCCCGCAAGCGCAAACCUCAUGUUGGGAAGCAAGAAGUACAAAGACCGUCCAUUCAAAACAAUCUUACAAGAGAUUGCGGGGAACCAAUUUGGUAGACACCCCAACAAGCAGGCGAUCGAGGCACGGUACAAAGAAUUGGAGGCAAUGAUGCAAUGGAAAAAUGCAAGUAUAGAGCCAAUGACGACAAGAAGAACAUUGACGGGACAAAUUGUAAACGACCAUCAAGCAUCAGAAGACACUAAGGUCGAAUGGUUAAUACGCAAGCCAAAUGACUGGACUCCAAACGAUGAUGACAAUGCUGAACACAUAGCAAGACAAUGGACCACGGCAAUACACGACGACGACGCAUCACAAGUGGUGAUGAAAUGUCUGGCAAAGGAAGCAUUCAACGAGAUGUGUACCGGCGAAGCAAAAGCCGACCAACAAGCCAGAAGUUUCCUCGACAGACACAUCAGCAAUAGAUUACAAAGUUGGUCCGCAGGCUUCUGCAAGUCGACACAAUUCGACGAGGCCGUGAAGGACGUCACCAGAAUUCAACAACAAGACGAGGAGUCUACGAAGGAGAUAUGGGACAAGCUGAAGCCGCUAAUGGAACAGUGGCAAGACGAAAGAAAAGACAAAGUCAUUAAAGACAUUGCUGAAGGGGUGUGCAAGGAGGUUGAGAAGAAUCUCAGGGACGGAUUGUACCGGGACCUCAAGACAGAUAUCAUAGCCAUGCAAGGAAAGCCGGCAACCAGCAACAUUACCUCCAGACCAUCAGUGACACUACCAUCGACAACAAGCGAGAGGUCACGAAGGGUGACAACGGGACAGCUGUGGACAACACCUCGCAAAGAGACAGCACUUGCAAACAUGGAUCCUCGAGGAACCGAAACCAUCAAGGUAGAUGUGUCAAAGCCAUCACACAAUUUGAAACUACAAAAAAACAUCACCAAACACGGACAUCGGCACAAAAACAAGCGGACGGCCCUCGCGCUUCGAAAGACAGACAAAACGAGCGGCCACGUCCCCAAUAACGGGAAAUUCCCCAGGUAA